AUGGCGUCGCCGCCCGUCAAGCUCCACCGCCGGCGCCCCGAGCCCUCCGCUCCGCCGCCCGAGCCUGGACUCGUCAAGCCCCGCCGCCCUCUUGCUGCUCUGCUCGACCCCGACCUCGCCGGUUUCGCGCGUCUGCUCGCGUCCAGCCCCGUGGCCCGGGAGCUGGCCGUCGCGCCGUUCCCCGAUCUCCACCAUCCCGCUUCGAGCUCCGCCAUCACCGCGUCCUCCCUCUGCCUCCUCGCGAGCUUCCUCCUCGCCGCCGUCGCGCCCCUUCCAUCUCCAGCCACUCCUCUGCAGCUCCUUCCUCCACCGCCGCGUCUUGGCCUUGCCCUCGCCGCGCCCUGCUCCCUUCUGCAGGCGUUGCUCCGCCCUGAGCUGCGGUGCGACCAACUCCGGCGGCCCCGUCGCUUCUGCGGGCGAGCGCCGCGCGCCCAACCUCCUGCUUCGCCUGUCCUCUACACCGCCUCCAUCGCCGGCGACCACGACCAGCACCCUCUCAUCGGUGAACCUCCGCCGCACGCUUCCCUCCGUCCCAGCCAUCACCUCGCCGACGCCCUUGCUGCUGCUGCUAGACCACCGUCGCCUCCUUGCUGCUGGCAUCCCGAGGCCUUGUGA